GGGAAGGGGAGGCACUCAAGUUCAGAUUGGGUGCAGCUAAAGUACUGGCACAGCUGUGAGAGACGUGUGAUUUCACUGGAACUGUUUUCACAAGGAAAAUGGAUCCAUUAGAUGACCUAGAUGAGGAAGAUGAGCUUCUUGAUGCUGCAGUUCAACUGAGCAUUCAGGAAUCGUGUAAAGACAUCGCCUCUCUCGGAAGUGUGGAACAUCAAAAGAUCUUGGAUGCAAUAUUCCGAGGUGACCUCUUUGCUCUGCAGGAGCUGUCGGACUAUCCUGCCGCAUUCACUGAGGUGGAUAGCAAGGGGUGGUACCCAAUUCACAGGGCUGCUGUCCAGCAGUCUGUGCAGGUGCUGGAGAUGGUACUUUACGGUUCUUACAGGUUGAGCUUAGAGGAGGAAACGGCAGAUGGAGAGACGCCAUUGAUUUUGGCGACUCAGGCUGGGCUGGUGGAGAUUGUUAGGACUCUGCUUGAGAAUGGCGCUUCACCUAACAGAAUCAACAGCAAAAAUGAAUCCCCUUUAUUAUUGGCUGUAAGAACAGACUCAUUUGAAAUCGCCUUUACACUUAUCUCACGGGGGGCAUCGGUUAACCAAGCCUGCCCUAAAAAUUGGACAGCUAUUCAUGAGGCAGCCAAGGUGGGCUGCACUGACAUUCUUACGCUCCUGCUGCAAAAUGGAGGAAAUGUCUUGGAGACAGACGAGCAUGGAGUGACGCCCAUGGGGAUUGCUGCGGAGUACGGACAAGCAGAGGCACUGGACAUCCUUAUUCACUAUGGGGGCGAUGUAAAUGCUCAGGCACCAAAUGGAGACAGUGUGCUAUAUGAUGCUGCUGGCUCUGGCAAUCCUGACUGCAUUGAACUUUUAAUUCAACAUGGGGCCGAUCCCAACAUCGCUAAUCUUUCCUUACAGCUUCCCAUCCACUGUGCAGCGUACAAGGGGCAUUACCUCGCCUUAAGAAUGUUAAUCCCAGUAACCACUUGGAGAGCCCUCUGUCUCACAGGCCAGAGCCCAAUUCAUUCAGCUGCAGAUGGAGGCCAUGUUCAAUGCAUGGAGUUCCUGGUAGACCAAGGAUUUGAUGUCAAUGCUCUUCUAGACACACAUGUAUCUGAAAAAUAUGGAGAUAUGCGAAAGACCGCUUUGUACUUUGCGGUCUCUAAUGGAGAUGUGACUGGCACCGAGUUGCUGAUAAAUGCAGGAGCCAAAACGGAUCUGGAUCCCCUUCAGUGCCUCCUAGUGGCAGUGAGAGCUGGGAGGUACGAGAUUGUCAGGAUCCUCCUUGCCAGCCAAGCAGAUGUGAACUGUUACUUCACAGAGGUCAAUGACACAGUGUUUCCCACUGCCUUACAAUACUGCUUGAGGGAUGAGAUGAUGAUGCGACUGUUGUUAAACAAUGGUUAUGAUGCAGAAAAAUGCUUCUGUUGUCCUCAUGACUCAACAUGGUGUCGCUCAUCAGAACAUACCAGUGAGAAGGUUCCAUUUUGUGAUUUCAUCAGCGUCUCAUGGCUAGUGCAGUUUUCUGGAAGAGCUGUGCGGGUUCUCCUUGACUAUGUCAAUCAUGUUCCCAUCUGCUCCAAGUUGAAAAUGGUUCUGAAGAGGCAUAAGGAGUGGACUGAAAUUUCAGAAAUGUUGGGGAAUCCUCGUUCACUGCAACACCUGUGCAGACUAGUCAUCAGGAGAGAGAUGACCCCACGAAGACUGGGCAACCCAAAGUUCAUUAACUUGGGUGGAUUCCCACCAGGACUUAAAAGCUACUUGAUGUACAAAGAAUAUGAUUUGUAUGGAAGAAACAUGUAUCAGGAGUGAUGGUCUCUCAGGGUAAAAGUUAAGGAGAAAGCACUUUGAGUUUUAUUCAGAAAUUAACAUGAGGUUGACAUGACCAGAUGUUUCGCUAGUUGUCCAUCAUGAGUUCAAAACACUUCAAAAUAUGAAUGUUAGGUAUUUUAAACACUUCACAUUGACCACUAAUGUGAAUUUUGCAUCACUUCCAAAGGACUUUGCCCCAAAAAGCAAUGUCUUGGUGCUAUUUGUGCAAUAAAAUAAUGUUGUACCUGAAAAAAAAAAAAA